AUGUCGAGCAACAACGAUGCUAUACCCUUAUCCCCCCCUCAUGGUACAGAUGAACUGAUGAUGGACCCUAUGGAGCCAUGUUUGUCAUCUCAAAACUAUGACGAAAUAUUCACCAAAUUAACAUGGUUUGUUGAUGAUACCAAUAUCUAUAAUGUCAUAGUUCACAAUACGUCUGACGGAAAAUUAACAACUAAACCGGUCAACGGUGCAAUUUUUAUUCUCAAUCCAAAAACCGGACAUCUAUUCCUCAAGGUUAUUCAUCCAAGUGUUUGGGCAUGUCGGAAGAGAGUAGAGAAGUUCAUACCGUUCAUAGCUUCUGAAGAGGUUGCUUCACUUUUGCGGCCUCUCCCCGUUGUAAACCAGCCCAAUCAGAUCAUUGUUACUCGUGAAGGACUGUCUGGUAUACUCGAGGUUUACAUGCUGGAUUUCCCAAACACUGUUGUCAGAGUAAGCGAGCUGGAGUUUCCCUUCCAGGCUUUUCUCAAGAUUGAGACGUUCGGUGAUGUGGUUUUGAAGGCUACGGAAUCAGAGAUGGUUUUGUUUAAUAUCUAUGAUGAUUGGUUGGAGAGUAUGUCUCCGUUUACUGCCUUUUCGAGACUUAUUCUGAUACUACGUGCGGUUGAUGUUGAUAAGGACAAGGUUAAGAUGUUGUUGAAGCCUGACAAGUCGGUUGUCACUAAGGCGCAUCACGUAUGGCCCUCACUUAGUGAUGACCAAUGGAUGAAGGUGGAAGUAGCACUAAGAGAUGUUAUCGUUACUGACUAUGCAGAGAAGAAGAACGUGAAGGCAUCGGAUCUGACAGUAUCGGAGAUCAGAGAUAUUAUUCUAGGAGCUGAUAUUACUCCAUCCUCACUUGUUUGA